AUGCCCUCCAUAUCGAACAAUGCAAUCUCAAGAUUUGGCCUCCUAUGGCCAGGACCCUUCAUCCAAGAGCCUGUUGACGUCCUCGACAUCGAACCAAAAGGCUCGCCAACAGCAUGGAGCACACUAUGCCUCUUCGCACUCUCAGCGCUCGGACUGGCAGCUCAACUUGUUGUGGCAAUGAAUGCGCCGUGGGCAAUCCUCGCUACCGGGCUUUGGGUUGCCGCAGCCCUUCAUAUUGCAGCAUGGCGCCCGAGGACUGCCUCGAUACUUUUGUUUUUCGAUUUCUUCGCCAUCUUUGCGCUGGGAGCAUGCAUGGUUGCCGCUCAGUUUCACGAACACAUGGGUAGCAAGAACGCAAUUCUUACAUUUUGCAGUGCGGGACUGGCUGCCGCUGCCAUUAUUGUCGUUAUCAACAUGCCGCUUCGUGACCCGGCUUUGAGUCGCGCCGAGAUCAGUCGUCCUUUCGCAACACCAUCCCACGCAUUCCGAUCUCCUGAGGACAACCUUACACUCCUGCAAUGGAUGACAGUGUCUUGGCUAUCACCCUUGAUCAAGAUCGGGAACAGGAGACAGCUCCACGACGAAGAUGUCUGGGCCCUCGCCUAUGAGUUUCAGCAUCGACAUCUGCACGAUGCCUUCCGCGAGCUCAAGGGCACCGUUGUCCGAAGGUUGCUGAAAGCAAACUGGAUUGACCUGCUUCUUCUCACAGCUCUGGCAAUCCUGGAACUAGCUGCCAAUUACUCCGCUCCCAUGAUUCUCCAAAAGCUCCUGCAGGCCAUGGAAAGAAUAGCCGUUGACAAGCGACCAGCGAUCGUGUAUGCAAUCCUCAUACUUGUGGUCAGAGUUGUCUCGGCUCAGAGUGCAGUCUUCAGCUUGUGGUUUGGACGACGAUGUUAUGAACGGUCUCGCGGCGAGAUGAUCACCAUGUUAUAUGAAAAGACGUUGAAUCGGAAAAUCCUGAGUAGUUUGCCCCAACAAGCUGAGAGCCACGCUGAGUCCGCCAUGGAAGGCUCCGCUGAUGCUUCCAACCUGGGAGAGACGGGCCCAUUGCCCGAGACAGAAGGUCUCAUCAGCGGGCAACUCAAACGACCCAAAAGCUUUGCAAACCUGGCCAGUGGGGCAAUCCACAAAGCUAGAUCCUUCUUCCUCCCCAAAAAUGGUGCGAUGACUGAGAAAAAACCACCAGCGUCGAUGGGAAAGAUCCUCAACUUGAUGCGGAAUGAUGUUUACGAGGUCGCGCAACGCUUUUGGGAAUUCCAAACUCUGAUUAACAAGCCACUCGGUCUCAUCGUCUCCAUCUUUCUCAUCUGGCAAAUGCUUGGAUGGUCAUGCUUCGUUGGUGUCGCAGUAGUAGUUGUCGCACAGAUCUUUAACUAUGUUCUCGCCCGCAUCCUCAUCGGCUGGGAAAAGGAACGCCGGAAAGUCACAGACAUCAAAUUACAAAAGAUCAGUCAGUACGUCGAGGCUAUAAGGCAUCUGCGAUGGUAUGGGUGGCACUUUACGUGGCUUGAUGGUGUUAUGGCUGCCCGGCAGAAAGAACUCAACCUGAGAAUCAUUACCUUUUUGUUGAAUUCUGCCAUCAAGUUUCUGAACUCAUUUGCAAGCGGCAUGCUCCCGGUCGCCACAUUUUAUGCUUACACUAUUGCGGCAGGACAUGAGCUGCGUAUUGACAUUGCUUUUCCAGCACUGCAGCUUUUCUCCCUUUUGCAGAGCAAUAUUCGGGAGCUACCAACGCUGAUCACAGUCUUACUGAACGCUUCAGUGGCAGUUGGACGAAUCUCAGAAUUCAUUGCCGAACCGGAUAAGUUUGAUGAAGCGGACAGUCGAGAGUAUACGGACGACCGACUGGAGCUGCAAAAUGCCUCCUUCUCAUGGCCCGGUCUCUCGCGGACAGUGCUCCGAGAUCUCAAUCUCGCAUUCUCUCCGGGAUUGACUGUAGUCUUCGGCCCGGUGGCAGCAGGCAAAACAGCCUUGCUGCAAGCGCUUCUCGGGGAGCUUGAUCUGCGCGGGGGGAAAUUAAUGAAGCCAGAAGCCCCAAUCGGCUAUUGUGCACAAACACCGUGGCUUCAAAGCAUGAGCGUCCGGGAAAACAUCCUUUUCAAUUCGCAAUAUGACGAUGCUCGCUACAAGAGGACGUUAGAAGCAUGCGGGCUUCUGCCGGACCUUGCAAAUUUCAAAUUUGGUGACCUUUCCAAUAUCGGCGAGAACGGCAUUGGUCUAUCCGGUGGUCAAAAGGCCAGAGUCGCUCUUGCACGGGCAGUUUACAGUCGAGCAAAAAUACUCUUGCUCGACGAUCCUCUUAGCGCCUUGGACCAACAAACGGCGGAAUGGAUUGUCGCGAGAUGUUUCUGCGGCAGUCUGAUGGAAGGUCGUAUUAUCGUCCUUGUGACUCACCGAACUGAUCUUUGUCAACAUCUGGCGUCACAGCUAAUCGAGAUCUUUGACGGUACAGCUUUGCUGCAUCGAAAUGAUGAGGACCUAUCAAAAUCCCUAUCGGCCACUGGACCAGAGGUAGAUCCGAUGGAAGCCGAAGGCAGUGUCGAACCCAUCGACAAAUCUGCCGCGGUUCCAGACAAAUUCGUGGAAGAAGAACACCGAGCCCAUGGUGGAGUGCAGCUUCAAGUUUACUGGGAAUACAUCAAAGCUGGGACGCUGAGAUGGUGGUGCAUAGUAAUCUUGACGGCCGUAAUUUGUCGCGUCACUUAUGUCAGUGAAAGCUGGUUCCUGAAAGAAUGGGGAGAAGCAUACAACAAAGCGAAACUCCGGUUUCUGACUCUCGAGGGAUUUGACUUUGAAAUCCACCUUCUUCAAAAUCCGAUCUCCGGUCUGUUCGACAAGUUUCCCGAUCCAGCUGUCAAUGUCCGGCCGUGGCUUCUCGGCUUUCUUGUUAUCGUGGCGUGCGAGACCGUGGGACUGAUGCUUUCCCAGAUGUCCAUGCUGGUCGUUACAUACUCGGCUGCGCGUCGGAUGUUCAAGGUUGUCAUGGAUCGUAUAAGCAACGCCAACUUCCAAUUUUAUGAUGUAACACCGGUUGGGAGAUUGAUGAAUCGAUUGACGUCAGAUAUGGGAACCAUCGAUGGCAAUAUCGCCGAGCUGUUCCUCACAGUCAUAUGGUAUGCCGUUGCCUGGAUCUCCUCCAUGGUCGUGAUUGCCAGCAUCACGCCGACAUUUCUGGCAUUCGCCGUUUGCUUGACGCUGGCGUUUGUACUGAUCUUCCUGCGAUUUCUACCCACGUCACAAAGCCUGAGGCGCCUUGAGAUGGUCUCUCUCACCCCUUUGAUGUCUAAUUUUGGUGCAUUGCUGAACGGGCUGAUGACCGUUAGAGCUUUCUGUGCACAAUCACAAUUUCAGGAGAGAAACAUCCGGGUCACAGAUGCAUUCCAGAAGAUGGAUCAUUUCUACUGGAGUCUGCAGGGCUGGCUGAUGUAUCGUUUUGACACGCUCUCAGCAGUGUCCACAUUUCUCCUGACUGUCCUAGCAAUUUUUUCCAACCUCUCGGCUGGUUUGACUGCGUUUCUCUUAAUCUCUGCGAAUAAGUUUGUCCAAUCGACCCAUGCCAUUUGCAAAUCAUAUGGCCAACUCCAACUCAACUUUGUGUCUGUUGAGCGAGUGGUUGAACUGGUCCACAUUGAACAGGAGCCCCCGAGCUCGAUCCAGCCGCCAGCCGCUUGGCCCACGUAUGGAAGCGAGGUUGUCUUCGAGGAUGUCACUAUUCGAUAUCAGCCUCAUCUUGACCCGGCACUGACAAAUGUUUCUCUUCGGUUCAAGGGAGGAUCGACAAAUGCCAUCACCGGCAGAACAGGGUCCGGCAAGUCCACUCUUGCGAUGGCAUUGUUAGCAACAAUCACUCCAGAGUCCGGGCGUAUCUUGGUUGAUGGGGUCGACAUCGCCAAAAUUGACAAGCAGGCACUAAGAAGCAGAAUAACCUUUCUAGCACAAGAACCUGUCCUCUUCCCGGGGUCCUUGCGUCACAAUCUUGAUCCAAUGGAGGAACAUUCUGACUUUGCCUGUGAAUCUGUGUUGUCAAGGGUUUGCGGGAAGUAUGGGUGGACGCUGCAGACACAGAUCGAUACUGGAGGACGAAAUUUGAGUCAGGGGCAGCGACAAUUGGUUGGACUCGCCCGAGCAAUAUUGCGGAGAAGCGCAAUUGUCAUCAUGGACGAAGCAACGGCCAGCAUUGACUUGGACACGGCUGCCGAAAUACAACGUGUGUUGAGGGAGGAGUUGCGGGAAAGCACAAUCAUCACCAUUGCCCACCGAGUCGCAGCUGUGGAAAAUGCCGACUUCUGUGUUGUGCUUUCGGCUGGUCGUGUUGUACACCAGGGCCAGACUAAUGAGACCGGGUUCUAG